AUGGAGUUGCCUGUUGAUGGAGUUGAAUCUUUACCAGAAGUUCAGAAUUCAGUUUCUGGGAUAGAUCACAAUCCACCUUCGACAUCUGGGAUCCCCCAUUCUUCUCGGCUGCCUUUACGGGCAUCUAGAGAUCAAGAGCCUUCUUCCAAUCAUCAUAAUCAAGGAAGGAUGAAUGAUAUCUAUCAAGAGGCUAACAAUGUGGAUCAUCAAGUUUCAACUAAAAUGGAGAAGCAAUAUUAUAAGCGUAAUGGUUCGUCGAAACAAGUUGUUGAUCAGAAAAACUCUGAGAUUACAUUUUGCUCAAGUCCUCAGAAUAGUUUAUAUUCUGCCACUGUUUAUUCAGAAGCAAAAGAAAGUUUCACCAACACCGGAAUCAAUGAAUGUGUUAGUGUCGAUAAGUCAGUUGAAAGUGGAGAGGUUAGUAAUUCAUGUGAGAGCAGGAAGACGAGCAUAUGUAGAGGGAGUACCGGAAGUGAUGUUAGUGAUGAGAGCAGCAUCAGUAGUUUGAGCAGUUCUUUGUAUAAACCACAUAAAGCAAAUGAUGUAAGAUGGGAAGCAAUUCAAGCGAUCCGAGUUCGGGAUGGUGGAUUGGAAAUGAGACAUUUUAGGUUGUUGAAGAAAUUGGGAUGUGGAGACAUAGGAAGUGUAUAUCUAGCAGAGUUAAGUAGCACGAGGACUUGUUUUGCUAUGAAAGUAAUGAACAAGACAGAAUUGUCAAGUCGCAAGAAGCUUCCGAGAGCACAGACAGAGAGGGAGAUAUUGCAGUCUCUAGAUCAUCCAUUUCUACCGUCAUUGUACACACACUUUGAGACGGAAUCAUUCUCUUGCUUGGUUAUGGAGUUUUGUCCUGGUGGGGAUCUCCAUGCACUCAGGCAAAGACAACCUGGGAAGUAUUUUUCAGAACAUGCUGCAAGGUUUUAUGUGGCAGAAGUUCUCCUUGCUUUAGAGUACUUGCACAUGCUUGGGAUCAUCUACAGAGACCUCAAACCUGAGAAUGUGUUGGUGAGAGAAGAUGGUCACAUCAUGCUAUCAGAUUUCGAUCUCUCUCUAAGAUGUGCCGUCAGUCCAACUCUGCCAGACUGCAUCAAACCGUCAUGCUUCACGCCGCGUUUUCUAUCAGGCAAAUCCAAGAAGAAAGAAAAGAAGUUGAAACCUAAGAAUGACGUGCACAAUCAGGUGACACCUCUCCCUGAGCUCAUGGCCGAGCCCACAAAUGCCCGAUCAAUGUCCUUUGUUGGCACGCACGAGUACUUGGCACCCGAAAUCAUCAAAGGCGAAGGUCACGGCAGUGCUGUAGACUGGUGGACAUUCGGUAUAUUCUUAUACGAGCUUUUGUUUGGUAGAACACCAUUCAAAGGUUCAGCAAAUCGAGCGACUCUAUUUAAUGUAGUUGGGCAGCCCUUAAGAUUUCCUGAAUCCCCUAGUGUUAGCUUUGCUGCUAGGGACUUAAUUAGGGGUCUACUUGUGAAAGAGCCUCAACACCGUCUUGCGUAUAGACGCGGAGCUACAGAGAUAAAACAACAUCCAUUCUUUCAAAAUAUUAACUGGGCGCUGAUCCGUUGUGCAACUCCUCCGGAAGUGCCAAGACAGGCCAUGAAAGAAGCACUGAUAGCCGAGAAGAAAGCACCUGGUGUGAAGCCUUCUGGUAACUAUUUAGAUAUUGAUUUCUUUUGA